GCCGGGCCUGUAGUGGUGCCGGACGGCGAGCGCGGCCUGUGCGGGUGGUGAGUGGGCCCGAGGCGGGAGCUGCGGAAAGUUUGCGGCCCUGUGUUCCUGAUCCCUCGGGUGGAGCUAUCCGUGUGUGCAGCAGGAUUGUCCAAGCCAUGAUCGAAGUGUUGGCCAAGCUAGGCCGUGGGCCUGUGUUCCUGGCAGGGGAGGUGCUGGAGUGUGUGAUCACCUUCACCAACCCAUUAUCAGCCUCGUCGACCUCUGCCAGCAGUGAGAUGUUGGCAUGGGCCAGUGCCCAGAUCCACUGCCAGUUUCACACCAGCGAGAACCGGGUGGCACUCCCUCCCUCUGAUGGCAGCAAGCACGAUGUGCAGGCCGAGAAUGAGACCGUCUUUGUCCCCAACAGAGGAGAGCGGGGUCAGUGUAUCCUGUCCACCCCACCAAAGAUCCUCUUCUGUGACUUGCGACUGGAUCCUGGGGAGUCCAAGUCCUAUUCAUACUGUGAGACGCUGCCCGUGGAUGGUCCCCCCUCUUUCCGGGGACAGUCUGUGAAGUAUGUGUACAAGCUGACCAUUGGCUGCCAGCGCGUCAACUCCCCCAUCAAGCUCCUGCGCGUGCCCUUCCGUGUCCUCGUGCUGCACGGGCUCAAGGAUUACCAGUUCCCACAGGAUGAGGCUGUUGCACCCUCAAACCCAUUUCUGGAGGAGGAGGAUGGCUUGAAGAAAGAUUCUCGCCUGGCAGACCUAGCGACAGAACUGCUCAUGGUGGCCACAUCCCGACGCAGCCUGCACCUGUAUAACAUCAGCAACACUCGUGGGAAGGUGGGGACGUUCUGCAUCUUUAAGACUGUGUAUAAGAUUGGAGAGGAUGUCAUUGGGACCUUCAACUUCUCAGAAGGAGAUAUCCCAUGUCUGCAGUUCUCAGUGAGCCUGCAGACAGAGGAGAGCAUCCAGGAGCAGUUCCAGCGCCGGCGGGGGCAGCCUGUCUCCUUCACCGUGCACGCCCGCCAUCAGGAGUCCUGCCUGCACACGGCGCAGAGCAGCUUCAGUCUGCCCAUCCCUCUCGGCUCAACCCCAGGAUUCACCACCAAUGUCGUGUCCCUGAAGUGGAGGCUGCACUUUGAGUUUGUGACUUCUGGGGAAUCAGCGGGGACUUGCUUGGUUCGUGGGAGCCAAUCGGAGGCUGUCACCUGGACUGGGGUGGAGCAGAUGGAAGUGGACACCUUCAGCUGGGACUUGCCUAUCAAAGUUCUUCCCACCAACCCCAUCCUGGCUUCCUAUGUAUCUCAGUUCUCCAGCACUAACUCCAUCACCAUCUGAAGUAUGGAGGGGUUAUUUGCCUGCAGAGCUGUAAGCAUGUGCCACCAGUGGGUAUGGCAGGCGGGACUGUCACCAAUGUGCUGUGGUGUACAUAUCCCAAUAUCCCCUUGGAUCCAUCUGUGAUGCCCAGGUGGCCAUCGGGCAUGUCUGUCCUGACCAUGGGUGGAAGAACGCUGCUUGAUGCAGUCUUGUGCUUGCAGCCCUCAGCUGGAGUGGGACCCUUCCUGCCUGGGUGAGGGUGCAAGUCCCAGCACUCAGCAAACAGAAAUCUGCCUUCCCAGGAAAUCACUGAUGUGCCUUUAUCCCAUAUGGGGCUUCCAAGAAGGAAAGGCCCAGGCCAGGCAGGGGAGAGGGGGAGCUCUUCCAGUGAAGCUUCAUACCAGCCUUGGAUGAAGGUUGUGCCCUUACAGAGAUCCUACGAGCGGAGGUCUGGCAUCCAGGUGAAGCACAGUAGCCACCUGGGCUGGGUGAGAGCCUGCUCUCCUGCGCUGGUACAUCUCCUGCCUCUUGGAGCGUUGUCCCACACAUGCAGUCCAGUGCCCCAGCCACCCCCACCUGGAGGAGGCAGGUCCUGGCAGACCAGCCCCAUGCUGCUGGCAUGUGCUGGUCCCCAGGUUGCGGGCCCAUGCUGUGUCAGUACAAUCAUGAUGAUUCAAAACUGAACCCCUGCGCUCUUGUCUACCUGGGCUCCUGGGUGUGAAGGCAUCCUUCUGGUCUUUGGAUCCCUGGGGGGCUGUAAGGAAUGCAUGCUGUGCAUCCGAGAGCUGGCAUGGAGAUCUCCGUGCUCAACAGCCAGCUUCCCAUUUUUACUAAGCAUUCCAAUGAGCUAUCCUCUUUGCAUGGUAAUGUAAUAAACAUCUGAGUGUGC